UCAUGGUACAUUUGCAUAUUUCCCAUUUCUCCCUGCAGGAUAUCAUACCGUUCAUUGACAAGUACUGGGAGUGCAUGACGACCCGUCAGAGACCGGGGAAGCUCACCUGGCCCAACAACAUCGUGAAGACGAUGAGCAAAGAGCGAGAUGUGUUCCUGGUGAAGGAACACCCGGACCCCGGCAGCAAAGACCCCGAGGAGGAGUACCCCAAGUUUGGCCUGUUGGACCAGGACCUGGGAAACAUUGGACCCUCAUACGACUCACAGAAACAGACCACUGCUGCUCCCACUGCUGGUGGACUGAAUGGUGGAUCUUCGUUCUCAGGUGCUUUGGCCCCUGGACCUGGAAAAGGACGAGGGGCCAAACGUAAACAGCAGCAGCAACAGGAGGGCGCUGCAGCAGGAGCCACCAAGAGAACCCGAAGCGACCCCCUGUUCUCGGCCCAGCGCCUGCCUCCUCACGGUUACCCUCUAGAGCACCCCUUUAAUAAGGACGGGUACCGCUACAUCCUGGCAGAACCGGAUCCUCACGCUCCAGACCCGGAUAAGCUGGAGCUGGACUGCUGGGCCGGCAAACCCAUCCCCGGUGAUCUGUACCGGGCCUGUCUGUACGAGAAGGUGCUGCUGGCCCUACACGACAGAGCGCCUCAGCUGAAGAUCUCUGACGACCGUCUGACGGUGACCGGUGAGAAGGGCUACUCCAUGGUGAGAGCCUCCCACGGUAUCCGGAAGGGCUCCUGGUACUUUGAGGUCACCGUGGAGGAAAUGCCUCCAGAGACGGCAGCCCGGCUCGGCUGGUCUCAGCCCCUCGGUGAGUGGUGGUCCUCUCUUACACAAACCUCUUUACAUUUAGGAAUAUCAGACGGCAACCUCCG